AUGGAAAAGGUUGACAAAGUAAUCGAGGGUGUCAGGAAGGUCGCGCUUGGUGAAGGGAGUGAAAAACCUGCUGAGGGAGCCUCCCAAGCUCCCAAAGCUCCUAAGGCUGGCAAAAAAUCGAAGAAGGUUGUUGCCAGUACAGCCACGGGUCCUUUGGAGUUAGAACCUCCACCGGAAUAUAUCUCACAUAGGAUUCACCUAUUUGAAAAACUAAAGGCUGAAUAUGAUCAAGAGGUUGCUGCAAAGCCUCGCGAGGACAUUACUAUCAGUCUCCCUGAUGGAAAAGUUGUUGCCGGUAAAUCAUGGGAAACUACUCCAUCUUCAAUUGCCCGCGGAAUUAGCAAGAGCCUUUUUGAGAAAACUGUUAUUGCAAAGGUCGAUGGCAAUGUGUGGGAUUUGGAAAGACCGUUCGAGAAAUCUGGAACCUUAGAGCUUUUGGAUUUUGAAGAUCCGGAAGGCAGGCGUGUGUUCUGGCAUUCCUCGGCUCACGUUCUUGGCGAGGCGGCUGAGCGUCGAUUUGGAUGUCACCUUUGCCUUGGACCUCCGACCGAUGAUGGAUUCUUCUACGAAAUGGGUCUUGGUGAGGGUGAGGUUGUUACGGCUACCGAUUACAAACCGUUGGAGACCAUCGCCCAGAAGGCCAUCAAGGAGAAGCAACCUUUCGAGAGACUAAUUCCUGACGGAACUAGUACUACUGUUUAUAGAUGUGGGCCGCUGAUCGAUUUGUGCGUCGGUCCUCAUGUUCCAAACACUGGGAGAAUAAAGGCUUUUCAGGUUAUGAAGAACUCCUCAUCGUAUUUCCUCGGUGAUGCCAUCAAUGACUCACUCCAGCGCAUUUACGGUGUCAGUUUCCCCGACAAGAAGCAGCUUGAGGAACACAAAAAACUCCUCGAGGAAGCUGCAAAACGUGACCAUCGUAAAAUCGGUAAAGAGCAGGAGUUGUUCUUCUUUCACGAGCUCUCCCCUGGUUCAUGUUUCUUCCUCCCACAUGGGACCCGCAUCUACAACACCUUAGUUGGCUACCUUCGUCAGGAGUACUGGAAACGUGGGUACGAGGAGGUUAUCACUCCUAACAUGUAUAAUGCCAAGCUCUGGGAGACCAGUGGACAUUGGCAAAAUUACCAGGAAAACAUGUUUACCUUUGAGGUUGAGAAGGACAAGUAUGGUCUUAAACCUAUGAACUGCCCUGGCCAUUGUUUACUCUUCGGGCACCGCGAACGCAGUUACAGAGAGCUUCCGUGGCGAGUUGCGGAUUUUGGUGUUAUUCAUCGCAAUGAAUUUUCUGGCGCUCUUACUGGAUUGACUAGAGUUAGAAGAUUCCAACAAGAUGAUACUCACGUUUUCUGCACCGAGGAACAGGUCGGAUCAGAAAUCCACGGACUCUUCGAUUUCCUUAAGACCGUCUAUGGACUUUUAGGCUUUACCUUCAAACUCAAGCUUUCUACCCGCCCAGAGAAAUUCGUCGGUGACAUUGCAACCUGGGAUUCUGCCGAGGCUCAAUUGACCAAAGCCCUUGACGAAUUCACCGCCGGCGGUGGUGGAAAGUGGGAAAUGAACCCAGGAGACGGUGCCUUCUACGGUCCCAAAAUCGACAUCACAAUCUCGGACGCCCUCCGCCGCGAACACCAGUCUAUCCUGGGAAGUGUGGAGCGCUUCAUCGCGAUCCUUACAGAGCACUUUGGCGGGAAGUGGCCGUUCUGGCUCAGCCCCCGGCAGAUCUUGGUCAUUCCGGUAAUGGCCGCCGCGAAUAACUACGUGCUUGAGAUUCAGAAGCUAAGAUUAGGACUGGACAGUUACAACAGUACAACUUUAUCUUUGGCAUUCGUUGGAGCCGAAGAGGAAGAAUCGCGUUCCGUCAACAUCCGCAAUAGAGACAACAAGGAAACGCAGAAUAAGGGCGAAUUAGUGCCAAUCGACGUAGCGCUUGAAAAGCUCUGUGCUCUCAGGGAUGAGAGAAGGGUGGUUAACGAACUGUAGAUUGUAGUCUUUUCGGUUUCAAGAUGUUAAAAUGGGAGUUUGUUCUGUUUUACGUUUGAGUUAAGAUACCGAGUUAUAUCAGGUGAACAUCCUAAUGGGCAAUAAUGCUAUAUUUGUUUUUAUGC